AGCAACGGUUGUUGUACAACUGUCGGGGCGGCCCGCCAUCGUCACAUUGCUUUGUCACACCACACUUUUCAAAAUUCCCUCAUCGUCGUUCACGACGCUAGCCCACUGUCCAGUUUCUCCCUAUAGCCUGUGAUAGCUGAUAUCGAGUAAAUUUUGCGAUCCUACACCGUCUGGUCAGGUGGCGCCCAGACUCCACUUGGAGGAGCCUUACUAUUUUCACUGAUUAGGACUACUCAUAAUUCUCCUGAUCAUGGAUGAGCUCGUGCAUCAUUGUCUUCGAGAGCUUUCAUUCGACGGCGAUCUUGGUUGUAACGUUUCCCGCUUGCGAGAUUUCAUCGUAGGAUUCUACAGUCACGAUGCUACCCACCCACAGGUCGUCGACGAUGCUUUCUGCGCGUUUGUCUGGUCUAUAGUUGUCCAGCAGCCCACUGUCCGCGUUGGUACAGUUCCUGUAGGCGUAUCAUCUGAAGUGUAUAUCGCUCCUCAGACGAGCGCAAAGCGUAAGGCGGCAGCUAAGGGCGAGGUACUUGUCGAAGAAGCCCCACCGUCACUCACUCUCGUUGAAAAUGCACGCGAUAGGUCAUUGGAGGAUCUAAAAGCAGAAUAUAGCGAAGAUCUCAGGAUUGCUGUUGAUCCGGAGACAUCUUUUGCUGCGAUCACGGAUCUCAUAUCAGAGUAUGCUUCGAAACUCAGUCCGAUGGUUUACAGUGCUUUGCAACUCAUCACCAGAGGUCGCGAAGAAGGUAUUACAACUGUCGAGCUUGGGCGCAAGACAAAGUAUGAUCAGAAAACGUGCUUUUAUGUCAUCAAACAACUGCUAGAGCUUGGCUUAAUCAUCAAAGCACGGCGUGGAGGUGUUGGUAAUCACUCCUGCAUUCACAAAUAUUUUGUCGAGCGCAGCGCGUUCUGGCAACAGAUCCAGCAAGAGGAAGCCAAAGAUGAUGAGCCUAUUGUUAUUGGAGAGAGUCAUCCGCAAGAUGCAACCCCUGUUGAAGAUGGAACUCCCUCUGCUGUACCAUCAGAACUCGACUUUGAGCCUGUAGAUUCCAGACAUUUGUCUAGUCUUACACUAAUCAAAAACCGAAUCGUCAAGUUGUUGAAGGCCUCGCAGAACAAUAUUCAUGCAUCCAAUAACUUGAUUAUCACCAUCGGCUUUACGAAUCCAACCAAGACAGACCGUCGCUUCUUCCAAACCCGUCUGCGAGAGUUGAUUGCGCAAGGAGUGAUAGAACGUGUGUUGGUUCCGAGCUCCAAAGUCAAAGACAGGCUUGUCAAGUGCAUACGACUUGUUGCUCCAGACAACCAACUCCCAGAGGGCGGUGUCAUCCUUGCCCCUCAAGAAGGCGAGGAGGAUGACAAGGAAAUCAUGUUUGAUGAUAUCUCUGCUGGUUACACUGAAGUCAGGGCAAACCGCACAAUCCAAAAACAAGUGUCAGAUGUACUUGAAGAAGCAGGGUCUUCCGGCAGAACUCUCCACGAAAUCUGCAGCGCUCUUGGCAAUUUCGAUAAACGCACUAUUGAGCUUCUGUUAACGCGAGCAGCCAAGAGUCAACCUCCCGCUCAUCUCAGCGAUCUCGGGAUAGCGGACUUCAUGGAGUCGUUUGGGCGGGAAAGACGACAUCGAUAUUAUACUCUCGCAGCAUAUACGACGGUCAUGGCCAGCGAAAAGCUCGAAGAUACCACGACGUCAUAUGUUGAUAUUGAUCUCUCAAAAGCUGGUGAUUUUGCUGUGUUCCACGAGGCAAUGUUUUAUGAUGACGACCAAACUCUCCACUACUACGAAGACAUGUUUAAAGACAAGGAGGGCGCCAAAGUGAACACAGGAGCUAAGAAGCGUAAAAGGCCAGGAACCGAAGAUCCAGGAGAUGACGAAGCGGUUGAGGAUACGCCAGAACCUAUUCCAAAAGCCAAGAGGGGCCGCCCACCGAAAAAGCCACGUGGUGAGGCGGAUGGUGAUAUCUCUAUCCCACGAAAAAGCGAGGGUGAUGGAACCUCGACGGUACGUAAGGUUCCUAAAUGGCGCGGCCGUCCACCCAAACAGAAGCCCGAUGCUGAACAAGCCGUUUGCCAUGCUGAAGUUCCAAGGAGUGGAUCGAUGGAGGGUGUCAAUGUUAUUGUUCUUGCCGCACGAGUCCUGUCAGCGCCUCCAUCAGAGACCAGUGGACACCCUCCAGAAAGCUCAGAUAUGACCGGCGUAGUUAGUUUUCGACAAGGAAUGACUCCAACCACAUCUCAUGUUGCCCCUGAGCCCCCGACUUCGAGUCCAAAGGAAGGAAGUCAUUUGUUUCAGGGAUCAUCCGGCUUGUCCUCAUCGGCGGCACAUGAGGAUCCCAGCGACGAGCAACACCGUAUUCGUCAAGCUGUGGCGGACGCCAAUGUGCAAGCCGCAGUACCGCGACCGUCUGAUGGCGUCGCGCUUACGACCAACAUCGGCGACCUUAUGGGAUCCUACAAUGGACCUGUAGACGUACAUGCAGAGGAACCAAAACCCUGGAGAUCUCAUAGAAAAUCGAAACCCACAAUUUGCGAGAAUGAUGCUUCCUCUAGCCGGAAACGUGGUACUGUGCUAGAAGGACUGCCGAGUGAAGGUUCUGAUAACCGAAUCGAUAAAUCAGAGGUCGUUCGCAUCCCACAGCAAGUAGUGGAUGGUACAAGAGCCGAUGAAUUAUUCGUCAUGGAUAACCGCCCUUCUGCACAAGAAUCUAUGAUUAUCGAUCCUGCGCUGUUGGGGACGUCCCCUGCGGACGUAAUGCCUACUGUGAUAGGAGAGAAACGGAAGGGAUCCCCACCACUAGUAACACCUUUCCAACCCAAGCGCACGCGGACAUCCACGCCUGGUGAUAAGGUCAAAACAAAUCUGAACAUAUCUCAUUUACGCCGCGAGAACGAAUUUUUCCGGGUAAUCCAGGACUUGGGCGGCAUUGCAAAUCUGCACACAAAACAUUUUUUUGACGCGCAUAUGGCUCUGCUGAAUGAUAUGGCUCAGCGUGGAGAACCUGCAAGUGCACCCUCAGGAAUUCGUAUCGACAAGAGAACCGCAGACGCCACCGUAAAGAACAUGGAAAGCCGUAGUCGCAUCAAAGUACUCAAAACCACUGUAUUCUCUGUCACCGGAAGCACUCGGCCUGCCUGCCUCGUUUAUCUCCCAGACACUUCCCAAGAGAAAAUCAAUGCGUUCUUACAUCAUCUGAGCCACACCGCCCCGGCUCCUAACAUUCUGCCUGUCAAGACAUUUCAGGAGCCUGUGGACUUCGGAGCUUCAAGCAGCGUUUCACAGUGCACCACUCUACCGCUUCAUCUACUGCAAAUAGAGAAAUCUGGGAAAGAUGAUGAACAUCAGGUCCUUGACGUUGCCAAGGCGGAGGAACUCUUCGCAUACGACUCUGAAACGAUCCGCGACGUGUUGCUUACGGAGAGAACCACGGUAGCGCAGUUGUAUGGUUUCAGAGUUGGGAAAGCGGCUAGGCUGCGGGACUUUCAUGUCUUUACCCUUGGGUUGCUCGAACAACACUCUUCGCCCUGUAUUGCGUCCCACGAGCAUUCCAUAAUCGACAUUUCCUUGUACCAGCUCGACGUUCCCAUUGCCAUCUAUUGCUCAUUCAUUGCCGUUCUCACUUACGACGAAGAGCUAUCAAAGCUCAUAGCCUCUGCGGAGGGCAGAGAGACACUAGUCAGAGAUCUGCCGAACCGUAUAUCAGCAAAGCUGCAGGUGGGAAAGUCACGUUCCAAAUCUCGCGUUUUGGAACUUUUAGAUGCCCUUCGGCUUCUUGGCCUUGUGACUCCUUACGAACCAUCCACGGAUGACGACGCGGAUUUCACAUGUACACUCUCCGAUGGUCGGACAGUUGCACUCAAGGCAGCCUCUUUUGACGGGUGGCGGGUAUCCGCACCAUCCGCCGCGCCACAAUAUUGGCGCUUCAAUGAAACAGCACCGUUAUACCUAUGGGCUCUUUCAGAUUCUUCCCCGCCUUACUGGAGGGAUAUCUCUGUGAAAUCCCGCUGUGAUGGUGUAGCUUUUUGGGACGAGUUGCAUAAAGUCAGUCGAGAUGUUGCUCAUGCACAAAGCACCGUUUGUCCAACACACGGCGCUUCAGGACCUCCAGCAAACACGCCUCUUGUGCGGUUCCUUCGCCGGAGAGUAUCUUGGGACUUGGAAUACCGCUUGACCUGGUACCAGAAGCGUUAUCUAGAUCAAUCUGUAGACAACGCCACGGCUUGCAGUCCACUUGACGAAGAGGAUAGUGAUUCACAGCUGCAGCAGAUUUGCCAUGUUCUCAGCGCUCCACGUGCGCCUGUUGUCGCCUACCUCAAAGACGCUACUGAAAAGGUUUUGCGUGAAAUAAAGAAAGCACGAGCGAGGCAGAAACGAGACGAGGCGGAGCCUUGUACGAUGCAGAACAUCGAAGCCAAAACCAUGCUUCGAAAGAAGGCCGAAGAAGCGAAGCUUCAGAGGGAAAGCGACUGGGAAGCGCUGCUUGAGCACGUGCAUCCCGGGCCUCUUAAGGGCACCAUUGGCAUCCGGAUUCUAGCUGUUCGCAAUCGCUUUGUACAAUCCAGCUCGAUCAGAGAUACGGAUCGAUGGCGAAGUGAAAUUGAAAACGCCAUCCGGGAGGCUCGACUGGCUUCAAACAAGGUUAUCGCAAGGCCGAAAGCGCUUGCGGUUUCGCGCUCCAUAGCUUUACCUCCUGUUGCAACCAAUCCUCCUGAGAAAUCGGUGCAUUUUCUCAUAGCUCAACAAGGGCCACCUAUUCUUGCGCAACAAAUCGGAAAAUCGAGAGGAAAGAAUAAGACAUCACACCAGAGGCGCUCUAGAUUCCACUGGACUCGAGAAUACGACGAGCUUGCCCGUGAUGCAUCUGCUGUGAUUCGUGCUCGAUGUCGCGGUGGGGUCAAGAUUGAUCUUUCAGCUUUCGAUCAGGUGUUUCCUGCUGUGCCGCGUAAUUCUGUCCGCCUCCGCCUCUCACACCUCCGGGAGAAUACUGGUGAAGACGUGUACAUGAAGCGCCUCGAAGACCGAUGGCAUGACCUUUGGGUUCAGCAUAGGGGUACCGAGUACCUUCCCGAUGAAGAUCCUCAAAGCCCGUCGAACUUUGACAUCGUAAAUCACAUAGAGUUUCUUCGGAAGCAUGUUGACAAGAAUGCCUUGAGAGUUGGUUAUGUUGAGCACACAACUCGGACGAAGCUACCGGCAUCAGUGGAUGACAUCAUACAUCAUUUCGAUGUGCUUUGCAACACAACUAUUGCUCCUGCUUGGGAAUUUGUAUGGCAAGCUACCGUCGAAGAAGGUCGAGAGAAACAGUUUCUCCGACAGUCUUUCACUCAUGGAGCAGACGAAGUUCCAUAUGCCACAAACACGAGUGAUGAUGUAGUUCAAGUCGCGGAAGCUGCACUAAAGAUGGUUUUUGGCAUGUCUACCGAGCAUUAUGACGCUGAUUUGGCAGCGGAAUUGCUCCACAGUGCAGGUAAUCAGUCUGUAUCCCUCGCAACCUCCAACCUUUUGCGGCGCGGAGUCCUGUCAAAGGUGGUUCGUGAUCCCAAAAAGAUGAAGCCGGGACGUACAUUGAAAAUAUCGGACGUCAACCUAAACGCCAUCGGAGGUUUGAUACAUAGAGACUUGUUCCAAGACGCUGUCGCUCUGGAUGAGGUAUUUGCAGAGCAAGUUGGCAUCCUGGAAUGGCCCUUGUUAGCCUCUGAUGGCGACACCGCAGCACUGCUCCAGCUGGUGUCAGAGGGGCAAAGAAUAGAUGACGAUGAUAUCGAGACUAGCAUCCAAGUCCGCUUAAAUGCACUCGACGGAGACGAUAACGAGGGCAAUGGAAGCGCUAUAUUGCCUCCAUACGAGUUGCGCUUGGACCCUACGAACACACCACUGGAUGAGAGCAUGCAACGUCAACAUGGAAAAACGGUGACUGGAACCGACGCCGCUUGUGCUAAGAAGACACAAUCAAAAAUCGUAAAUUGCGUAUUAUGCACCGAGUCAACGUUUUCCGAGUUUGUCGCUGGUCUGGAUUACGAACAACGAAAACUGGCUCAAAAUAUGUUUGAUCGAGCUAAUGCGUCAUCAGAAUUAGGUUCAUCAAAGGCGCACUACCUAGCUUUUGGUGCUGGUGAUGUGGUUAUGGACCUGUUACAAAGAAUGUCACAGACAUCCCCACCCCUCAUCUUGUUGGUUGGAUACUCUGCGCCAGUCAUCGUUUCCUGCCUCCAUGCUCGUCCUUGGACAGUGGAAAUCAUUAGGGAACCAAAAGCUCUUGCCUUACCUCGACGUUGGCUAGAUAUCCGUGGUGGUACAAUACAAGAGACCUGGAAUGCUAUUUUACAUGCUGUGGUGGGCAUCAUUUUUUUUCAUCCAGGGAUUUCCCAGGUGAGUGUUUUGACAAAUUUAUUCGUGUGCCUGAUCUCAAUCCGAUAGACCGAGCUGCGGUGGAGGCUUAGGGCAGUAUGUGACCGACAGGAACUCGUAGACAUCGUAUGCUUCUUGUACCGUGAAGAAGCCGUUCACGCACGAGUUAGUACAGAAUGUCCGACUGGCACUGUCUGGCCGGCAACAUUGGACGAUGGGGAGGAACAGCGGGUUUUCUGGUUCAUUGGCAAGAAUAAGUAUUGGUAUCAAGUCUAAAUCCAAUCACGUUCAUCGGAUGCCGCAAUAACCAUAAUGCCAUGCUCGUGUAAAGUGUUGUGA